AUGAAUCAAGACUUGCUAUUGGAAAUAUUUCGUUUCCUAACGCCAUCACAGAUACGUGAAAUUAUCAUCGAAUUUGGGAUCAAGGAGCCAUCUUUCAUUACCUAUCUAUUUCAUGUCAAAUACUCUAAUUCCCACAAUACCCUUCCAUAUUCGUUGACAACACAUUCCAAAAAUGGGCCAACAUGGCUAGAGGAUCUAACAUUGGUUCAUUACCAUGAGAACGAAAGCUUCCAGUCUUGUUAUUGUGACGACACGGAGAAUGUUCAUGUCCUCAAUACUACUCAAAAUGUUAAAAUUCCUAUGAUGAGUAAAAUCAAAUCACAGGAGCGGACCAACUGUCGAAUUUUGGGAUUAAAUUUAGAAGGCGAAUUGCAGCUGUUCGUCAAUGACUCCCUCUAUAACUUUUUACAUCAAACUGAAGAGUUGCAAAACUGGAUCAUUCAUUGUAGCAAAGUUCAAAAACCAACAAUCAUUUACCCGCAGAUCCCAUUGAUUCCUGAAAAAGUGGAAAACUUCUAUCCAAUUAAUGGGGGGAAUUAUCUGAUGACCUUUCAAUUCAGACACCCCAAGAAAGGUAUGAAGUUUAUCAACUUUACAAACAAGGAGAACUAUUUUAUGGCAAUUGACUCCAACUUGAAUUUGUGGAUCAAUGCUUAUGAGCAUCCUCUAUCUCCUAUGGUUUGUGUCAAUUAUGAUGUAGAUACAAGGAUGUUUAAGUUUCCAGAAAGCAUCAACAAUAACGACGACUUUAAUUAUGAUAUUAAGGAAAACCCCCUAUUAUGUCAAUUGCACAUCAAUGAUCAGUAUGAUCAUUGCUAUAUCUUGCCCAACCAGGGAUUCGUAUUCUUUAAAAAUGGUCUGAGAAUCAAGUCCAGUAUUGAUUAUAAGCCGGUACUGAGUCACGUAUCAAUGAGACCCUGUCUAGUUCCAUUCAAAGAAUUUGAAUAUGAACCGGUAAAUUUUGCUAUUGGAAAUCAUUUUAUUGUGGUCUUGGAUAAAGGGAAUAAUUUGAGCAUCGUUAAUAUUGUUUUGGAUUACUCCGAUCAUUUAAAAAGCUUGAUAUACAGGUAUCAUCCGGAUCGUAUUACCAUGCUGUUGAACGAACCAGUGAAGGAUAUCAGAGUCAAAAAUGAUCGAGUUCUAGUUUGGUUUAAGAAGAAAAUAUCUGUAUUUGAUUCGAGUUUGGGGCUGGAUUUUAGUUUUGACCUAGAUUUUGAAUCUCCGGUAUGGAAUGUGAAGCUUGCCAGAAAUAACAGAAUUUUAAUAUUUUUGGAAAAUGGGACAUUGGUGAGAUAUAGCGGUAGUAACAAGAUUCAAUCCCUGACACAUAAGAUUGAGCAUCUCUCAUCUCAUUCUGAACAUAGGGGAACUUGUUUCUCGUGGAACGAUCACGAUUUUGCAGGCAAGACCAUGGUCAGAAACAUUAUCGAUAUGGAUGAAAAUUUGAUCGUGCUUUCAGGUUCUUCCUGA